GAAAAAUCGAAUCGAAAAACACAGAACGGUCAAAACGCGAUCAACACACAGAAAAGCCCCAUUCUGAUCCACAUUUGCUUUAAAAUCCUCUCAAACAUCAAAAUUUGUUUGCAAACAGACCCAAAAAAUCCAGCUAUGGGCAAUACGGAGAAGCUGUUGAACCAGAUCAUGGACCUCAAAUUCACCUCCAAAUCGCUGCAACGCCAGGCCAAGAAGUGCGAGAAGGAGGAGAAAUCUGAGAAAUUGAAGGUGAAAAAGGCGAUCGAGAAAGGUAACAUGGACGGUGCUCGGAUCUACGCCGAGAACGCCAUCCGUAAGCGCACUGAGCAGAUGAACUACCUGCGUCUCGCUUCCCGACUCGAUGCUGUAGUUGCCAGGCUCGAUACCCAGGCUAAGAUGACCACCAUCAACAAGUCCAUGGGAAAUAUCGUCAAGUCUCUCGAAUCUUCCUUGGCCACCGGCAAUUUGCAGAAAAUGUCAGAGACAAUGGAUAAAUUCGAGAAGCAGUUUGUGAAUAUGGAGGUCCAGGCAGAGUUUAUGGAGAGUGCUAUGGCUGGCUCUACUUCAUUGUCCACACCAGAAGGUGAGGUCAACAGCUUGAUGCAGCAAGUGGCUGAUGAUUAUGGGUUGGAGGUCUCUGUUGGGUUGCCACAGCCCGCCGCUCAUGCUGUGCCAACCAAGACACAGGAGAAGGUUGAUGAGGACGAUUUGUCAAGGCGCCUCGCCGAGCUUAAGGCUAGAGGUUAAAAGAACCGUGGUAUCCAUUUGAAUGAGCUUGUGAUAAAUAGUAAGACUUUGUUAUUUAGGAUUAUAUAAUUUCAGCUUAAAGAUCAAGUUUUAUGUGUAAAUUUUUACUGAAUUGAAGUUUGCUUUCUAAUAUUACAUGUGGUGCUUGUUUCAAAUAAA